GCGAGCCGCCGAGCUUCGUUCGAAGCUGUCAGUCGAAUCUCAUCAAUCUGAUCAGCUGGGAAGUCUGCGUGGUCGCGCAGACCCAGUUCUCUGAGGAAUCUGGAACGAUCGGAUCCGCCGUCUUUGAAAUGCCCUCCGCUCCUUUCCCGCCGUCGCCGAUUUUCAAUGGCAAGUGCGAUGAUACUGUCCAGAUCUACCAGCACGUCGGACAUUUCAUGCCUUCGAGUUCAUGCCUAUUUGCGAGAGGCAUUACGAUCCGUCGGAUUCCAGCUGGCGAGAAAUCGCAUAAUGAGUGGAGAUAGCGAAAUGGAUUAAGUGUCCGGCAAUUUAGCGCGGCGAAACGUCUACGGUUGUUGCUAUCUUCACGGCGAGAAUUCUCAUUAUCCACCGCGACGGCGGAAAGUCGGCCGGGAGAGAUGAAAAAAAUGUCUGCACAAGAAUGCUUCCAUUAUCGGGGAAGAAUGGGUCGACAUAGAAUAAAGGACGACGGGCUUCAGAUAUGCGAGGAUGUCAUCGCCAUCGCUGGAGAGCCGCAAGCCCCCACCCUCGCAUGCUCCCGCGUCGUCGCGACGGGUCCUACCUAGGAGCGGCCGGCGCUGCACAACGGGCCUCAGUAGCGUGACGAGCGUCGAUCCGUGUGUAUCUGGUUUCUACGCGUGGCUUUACGCGUGUGUGCUGCUCCUUCCGAUCGCCCUACGUCCGACGUUCUCUUCUCCUGGCCCGCAUUCCUUUAUUCUGCCACAUCUUCUCCCCGGCGGAAUCUUCGCGCGGACGACGAGGGACCGAGGCGCGGCCGAAUCGAGCCGGGACGAGACGCGCGCGCGUGUGUGCCAUCGAUACGCUCGGUACGAACGAGUGCAGGAGCCAACGAUCGAGGGAGCCAGGACUCCGCGCAGAAAGAGAGAACGGGAAGCGGCGAGAGAGACGCCACCGAGAAGCUACUUGGAGUGCAUUUUCGUAGCUCGAGUAACCGAAAUCGCCCAGCUACGUCGGUACGAUGCAGAGCAACGGCUCGGAGAAUGUUGGAUCUGAGAACGGCGUCGACAAAUCGGGAUGGACGGUUGGAUUGAUCAACGGAAAGUUUAAGUAUCUGACGGCGGAGACAUUUGGUUUUAAAAUCAACGCCAACGGAUCGAGCCUGAAGAAGAAGCAAUUGUGGACUCUGGAGGGCAGCGAACAUCAGGUUUUCCUUCGCUCCCAUUUGGAUCGAUAUCUAGCAGUCGACCAGUUUGGUAACGUGACAGGCGAGAGCGAGGAGUCGUCGGACCCGGGAUGCGCUUUUCAAAUACAACUCGCUUCCGAUGGCAGCGGUCGAUGGGCGCUGAAGAACAUCCAGAGAGGCUACUUCUUAGGCUCGAGCCAAGAUGAAUUGAAGUGUACCGCUAAGGCCCCAGGCGAAGCGGAGUACUGGCUCGUACAUCUCGCCGCCAGACCGCAGGUGAAUCUUCGAUCGGCCGGGAGAAAACGCUUCGCACACCUGAGCGCCACUCAGGAUGAGAUUCACGUGGACGCACCGGUGCCCUGGGGUGAGGACACUCUAUUCACUUUGGAAUUUCGCCCGGCAACUAUGGGCGACGAUCACAGCCACGGGGAUCGCACUAAAUCCGAAGGCGGCCAUUACGCGCUACAUACUUGCAAUAAUAAAUAUCUCGCACGUGAUGGCAAACUGUUGGACGCUUGCACACGGGAUUGUCUGUACGCCGCGGAGUUCCACGCCGGCCUUCUCGCUCUUCGCGAUAUACAUGGCGCGUACUUGGCACCGAUCGGCAGUAAGGCUGUUCUGAAAUCGAGAUCAACAACUGUUACGCGCGACGAGCUCUUCUCUUUGGAGGAAUCUCUACCACAGGCAUCGUUCGUCGCGGCAUUGAACCAGCGAUACGUUUCCGUUAAGCAAGGCGUCGACGUGACGGCCAAUCAGGACGAGAUCUCCGGCCACGAGACAUUCCAGUUAGAGUUCGAUCGAGUAACGAAACGAUGGUACGUGCGAACAAUGCAGGACCGUUACUGGAGCCUGGAGGCCGGCGGCGGCAUCCAGGCGUCCGAUCACAAGCGCUCGUCGAACGCGCUCUUCGACCUGGCGUGGCAGUCGAACGACGGCACCGUCGCAUUGCGCGCUAACAACGGCAAGUUCCUGGCCACCAAGCGGUCCGGCCAUCUCUACGCGAACGCCGACUCACUGAACGGCAACGAUUCCGACCCUGCUAAGUACCAUUUCUACCUGAUGAACCGACCGGUGCUGGUGCUGCGGUGCGAACAGGGCUUCGUCGGCCCCAAGAGCGCGGCCAGUCCCAAACUCGAGUGCAACAAGGCUGUCUACGAGACGAUACGCGUCGAGCGGUGCGAACGCGGCGUGGUCAGAUUCAAAGGACAAAAUGGAAAGUAUUGGCACGCGGACAGCGAGGGAGUGACCGUGGACUCGGACAUGCCGUCCGACGGCUUUUAUCUGGAGCUGCGCGAGCCGUCGCGAAUCUGCAUCAAGUGCGUGGACGGCCGGUAUCUCACCGCGGGCAAGAACGGCGUGCUGCGCCUGGGCGACACGGACUACGAGUCCGCCACGAAGUGGGAGUUCUAAUGCAGGGGAUAACGCGCAAGAUGCAACGAGCAAGAUGUAUAUUCCGCUGCCUCUUCAGCUUUGGUCGUAACUCGCAGUACCGUAUCCCCGAAUAACAAUAGCAGGAGACUCGCGGCUCCCGCGCUGAUUCCUGCCGCGUACUUAAUCGAGCAUACCGCGCCGCAUCAGCGUUGCCGUCGAGUUUUAACAGUGCCGACACGGCACGACUAAUACUCUUUCUUUUCCCAGAUCUUGAUCAAACGCUUCGUGAAUCCGCAGUAUAUCCGAGACUGACGAUUAACCGACUUACGCUGAAUUAACGCCAGAAUUUCGAGAGAACGUCCGAAGGACCGGCUGGACUAUUGUAACUGUCCACGGUCUAUUUUAUACGUAACACACUUUUAUAUCCGUAUAUUGUAAGGACAGUUUGCCACGCUGCGAGCUACAUUUUUAUAACAAUAUUGUCUUUGGCGUGUAUCAAUUAUUUAUUUAUAAAAUCGAUUGUUAUUUGCGAUGAAUAACCGAACUUAUUUCAUGCUAAAUUAUUCCUUGCCAAGAGCAGUGUAAUAACGUGGAAUAUCGCUGAAGUGUCGCGUAGGAAUCGAGGAAGAAGUCUGGAUAUUUCUGCUUGCAGCGUGGCAACGACUUUUUGCUACCGUUAGGGGCACAUUUUAUUCAUUAGACAAAUUAUUUAAAGGAAGAUAAAAGUUACACUUGUGAAGGCACAAUGAGAGAAAGAGAGAUAGAGCCAAGUCCAUUCGAUUAGAAUCACUGCCCCAGGUUCGACACUGACCUACAGAUUUCAUUGCCAAAACACAAUCACUAAUUGAGUAAAGCGCAUUUAACGGAAUGCACACACGAGAGUUUCGCUGUACUCCCCUCGCAUGCUUCACACGUACUAGCCUACUGCGUAUGUUAAAUAAAAUAUGCCAAACUAAGGCUUGGUGACGGAAAGACUCGCAACAGCAGCACAUAGAUCGGCGGUUUUUGUUCGCUUUCUUCUUUUUUUUUUUUUACGAUACUUCGACGGGUAUUGCGCGUUCUUAGCAAUAAGAUUAGACUUAAUCUCAUUUCUCAAUGAUAAGAAAACUGACAGAAAGUCACGUUGUGUUUUAUAAUUUACGAAUUUUCCGGUAUGUCGAAUAGAAUUGUAGGAGAUAACGAGAAGUAGACUCUUCGGAUAGAUGAUCAUUUCGAGACACACUGAGAUAUGUACGUUCGUCUUGUGUAAAUAUAUGUUUGUCUCUUUUUUUCAACGUCAUUACGCUGAUCGCAACAUGAUACUACGCACGGCAGGCGCCAAUUAAUUUUUACAUGUUACGAGAGCGAAACACGUAUUUAUAAUGCGAAGUGUGCGAAAAGCAUUCGGUGAAUAUUUUACUUUUUUGGAUGAUAUACUGAAAUAUAUAUAUGGAUUUUUUGAUCCACUGACGAGAUGACACAAUUUCUUUAUAUACUUCUGUAAGCGGCAAUCUCUUUAUUACUUUUUCACGGUAGAAAUGCAUUAAGAGCAAUUGAUGUAAUAAAUUAAAGGAUGUAAUAAAAAAAUUUUUUAUUGAUCGGA